CCGUUUGACCGCCUUCUUCUCGUUCAUGGCCUUGCUCUUCGUUCCUUCUCCUACGACCUCGCCAAACCCUAGAAACUCUCGAUCGGAAACCUAGAUUUGCACUAGAGAUCGGCGGAUCCAGGGGCGGCGGAGGAUGGCGGGGGUUUCGAUUGGCCUCCUCCUUCCGUCUUGGUGGGAGAUCGAGGUCACUGUGUCCGCGGCGCUCUUCGUUAUCGCUGUGUACUCCUUGUUCGAGAAGUUUUACUCCUGUGGAUGCGCGGAGGAUGGCCGGAAGAAAGGUGCGGAGGAGGCGGCGCUGGCGAGUGAGCCCCUUCUUCGUGAUUCUGAUGAGAAAGAAAAGAUGAGCCAUGUAAAAGGAGAUUCUCAAGGCACUUCUUCAUAUUUGAUCAAGUUGGAAUUGUUGGCUGCCAAGAAUCUAAUUGGUGCAAACUUGAAUGGCACAUCUGAUCCGUAUGCUAUUAUCACUUGUGGUGAACAGAAAAAAUUUAGUUCCAUGGUUCCUGGUUCAAGAAAUCCAAUGUGGGGAGAGGAGUUCAAUUUUUUUGUUGAUGCGCUUCCUGUCCAGAUUAAAGUGACGAUAUAUGACUGGGAUAUUAUAUGGAAGAGCACUGUUCUUGGAUCUGUGACAAUACCGGUUGAAAAUGAGACCCAAACAGGAGCGGUCUGGUAUUCAUUGGAUAGCACAUCAGGGCAGGUCUGUCUUCAUAUUAAAGCAAUAAAACUCUCUUCAAGUUCAGCCAGGGCAUUGAAUGGCAUUGCUGGAGCUGAUACUCGAAGAAGGAUAUCUUCAGAUAGACAAGGUCCUACGGUCGUUCAUCAACAACCUGGGCCUUUGCAGACCAUAUUCAAACUUCUUCCGGACGAGGUUGCUGAUCAUAGUUAUUCAUGCGCGCUUGAAAGGUCCUUUUUGUACCAUGGGCGCAUGUAUGUCUCAGCUUGGCACAUUUGCUUCCAUUCUAAUGUAUUCUCUAAGCAAAUAAAGGUGGUUAUUCCCUUGGGAGAUGUAGAUGAGAUAAGGAGGAGCCAACAUGCAUUUAUCAAUCCUUCAAUCACCAUUAUUCUCCGCAUGGGUUCUGGCGGGCAUGGUGUUCCUCCCUUGGGAAGCCCAGAUGGGAGAGUUAGAUACAAAUUUGCAUCCUUUUGGAAUAGAAAUCACACAUUGAGAGCUUUACAGCGUGCAGUAAAGAAUUACUCUGUAAUGUUAGAAGCUGAAAAGAAGGAAAGGGCGCAGUCAGCGUUACGUGCACACAGUAGUUCUAUAAAAGGUAGUAGAAAACAAAUGAAAGUCCCGGAAGAGAAUGUUGCUGACCCUGGGAAGUUCCAAGCUUUCAUCAAAGAUGAAGUUUUAGUUUCCAUUGUCAAUGAUACUUUCCCAUGCACAGCCGAGCAAUUCUUCACUUUGUUACUGGGUGACGAUUCAAGGUUUAUACCAGAGUACCGAGCUGCAAGAAAAGAUACAAAUCUUAAUAUCGGACAGUGGCAUGUUGCAGAUGAAUACAACGGUCAGGUUAGAGAAAUAACUUUCAGAUCACUUUGCCACAGUCCUAUGUGCCCUCCAGAUACAGCCAUGACAGAGUGGCAGCAUGCUGUUCUUUCAGCUGACAAGACAAAUUUGGUUUUUGAGACAGUCCAACAGGUACAUGAUGUGCCUUUUGGAUCUUUUUUUGAGGUUCAUUGCAAGUGGUCACUAAAAACAAGCUCAGAGUCUUCAUCUCUGCUUGAUAUACGAGUUGGUGCACACUUUAAGAAAUGGUGCAUUAUGCAGUCUAAGAUAAAGUCUGGAGCAGUUGAUGAGUACAAGAAAGAAGUGGAGUUAAUGCUCAAUAUUGCUCGUAAAUAUCUUCAGAAGUCGCAGUCUUCCCCUCAAGUACCAAAAGAAGGAUCAGGUCCACUUUCAGUUCAAAGUACAUGAAUUUCAGAAACUCAUUGCCAACUCUUUCAUUAAUACACAAUAUGUUCAUUGUCAUGUGUUUGUUCAUCUCUUCUGUAUACCAUUACAAGUGUCAUUCAUUGUGCCCGGUCUCAACACGAGUAUGUGCGGUACCGUUCAUAUGGUUGUAUAAUUGUGUGUCUUGGUCUGUUUAUGUAGCAGCAGGGACAUUUUUUUGUGAACCAAAAUGAAAUAUUUUUUGUUGAGUUUCUCAGUUAGAAUUU